ACUUCCCCAGACGGAAAGGCAGACGCGAGCUUCGCCUCGCAGCAGUCCGGUCGAGGCGGUCUGAGCAUGGCUUGCAAUGAAGGCUUCGUGUGGUCCGUGAGCUUGACGCUCGUCUUCGGAGGGGUGAUGUUCUUCCUCCGGCAGAGGACAGUGCGCACUCGCUACGGGCGCUACUUGGAGCCCUCUGUGGUAUGGCUGGUUCCUGGCCGACUGGCCUGGUUCGUCCAGGAGUUGCCCGCUUUUCUGAUCCCUGCUGUCAUGGUCCUCACGGCACAAGCUCCAUCCAGACUGGGACGGAGCCUUCUGCUCUGCACCUUCUGCCUGCACUACUUCCAGAGGACAUUCAUCUUUUCGUUGCUGAUCAACGGCCACCCUCUUGCUCUGAAGACGGUGGUCUAUGCUAUUGUGUUCUGCUCCAUCAAUGGCUUGGUCCAGGGCCAUCAUCUCCUCCACUGCUUCCAGUACACACAGACCUGGUUGACGGAUAUCUGCCUCGUGAUUGGCUUGAUAUUAUUUUAUCUGGGAAUGGCCAUAAACAUCCACAGUGACCACAUUCUGCGCUGUCUGAGGAAGCCAGGGGAACUCACGUACAGAAUUCCUAAAGGUGGACUGUUCGACUACGUUUCUGGUGCCAACUACUUUGGUGAGAUCAUAGAGUGGCUUGGCUUUGCCAUCGCCACCGGCUCCUUCCCAGCAAUCUCCUUUGCCUUCUUCACCUUGUGUUCAAUAGGACCUCGAGCCUGCCACCACCACCGGUUUUACAAAGAGAAAUUCAGUGAUUACCCCCCGUCCAGGAAAGCUUUGAUUCCUUUCAUCUUUUGAGAGGACAGGAAUUACUAUGACAUCGCUGUUCAAGGCAGCGAUGGUCAGACCCGCCCUCCUCUUUAAUCAUAUAACAUGCACUUCAGACGUAAUCAUAGGUACACGCAGUGAACAAUAUAUCAGCUUGAUAAUGCAAAUAUUUGCAUCAGCCAAUCAUGUGGCAGCAAUUAAAUGCAUAAAAACA